AUGGAGGGAGAAGUCUUUGCACAGAACGUACUGGCGAGCAAGAUGCCCCUAGCUGCCCAAGAGUCAUCUCGUGCCCAAGUGACCCAGGGUGUCAAAAGUUCCAUCGCAAGCGACAUUCAGAGUCCUAGAAAACCUUGGGAGGAUGUUCAUUUUGAUUCAGCACUGAAACCCAAAGACUAUCAAAUCAAAGGCACUCCAUCUGAUUCAAUUAUCCUAAUCCUCGACGUCCAGAUAUUUGACUCGACGGGCGUAGCCCCCUAUCUUGGCGAUGUUCUUGUGAAAGGGGAUCGAUUUGCCCAGGUUGGACAAGUUCGCAAUAUCGAACAUUUGAUUCAAGACCCCAUGGUCAAAGUGCUGCAUGGCCAUGGCAGGACUUUAAUGAGUGGUCUAGGAGAUGCACACACCCACCUGACUUGGAAUUCCGGUGACAUUCCAGCCCUUGCUGGGCUGGGAGUUGAGGAACAUAUGUUGUUGACCGCAAGGUCUGCAAGAACUGCAAUCGACAGCGGUUAUACAAUGUGCUUCGGGGCUGCGUCUGCUCAAGAUCGACUAGAUGUAGUAAUUCGAGAUGCGAUAUAUGAUGGCAAGGCCCCUGGGCCUCGGUAUCUUGCCAAUUGCAAGGAGAUUACACACCCUCAGGAUGCUGUUGGUCAGAAUGGCCUGGCGGUGAUUGCGGAUGGCCCCGAUGAGAUGCGUAUGGCCGUCAAUCGGCAUAUUGAUAUCGGUGCUGACACGGUCAAAUUAACAAUGUCGGGAGAAGAAAUAUGUGAGCCAUUGUCGUCCGAGAAAUGCUACUACAGUGAUGAAGAGACGCAAGUUUGUGUGGAAGUGGCCCACUCUCGUGGAAUAAGACUUUGUGCCCAUGCCCGUUGGACGGAUGAGGAGGGCAUGGACAUGUUGGAACAGAACAAGACAAAACAUAUGGUGGUACCUGCAAUUAACUGGCUGUACGCGACGCUGUACGAAUCUGAGUCUUACGGUUACAAAAUGUCUGAUGAGGAAAGAGACGGUUACGAGCGAGAGUUUGCAAACGCUAAAAGGGUCCUGAGCGAGAUGCAUCAACGUGGCAUCACAGUAUUGCCUGGAGGUGACUAUGGCUUCGCCUGGACUCCACAUGGAACAUAUGCACGGGACCUGGAGCAUUUUGUGAAUUUCCUAGGUUUCACUCCCAUGGAGUCACUCCUUGCCGCAACCGCUGGGGUGGCAAAACUCUUUAUGCGAGAGCAUGAACUUGGUCAAAUCAAACCUGGAUACUUUGCCGAUUGCAUCCUGAUCGAUGGCGACCCGUUGAAGAAUAUCAGCAUUCUGCAGGACCACAGCAAGCUUCAACUGGUCAUGAUCAACGGAAAGAUUCACAAGACGGUUCAGAAUGAUUUUAUGACCUCCGCUGAACGAGAAACUCGCAGGUCUCGAAUGAGUUUGGCCACCUCUUUUUCAUCGAGUUCAACUCCAGCAAACUUGGUUGCCUACACCGACUCGACUGGGAACGAUCGAGUCGGCAGGUUGGACUUCUUUACUUUGCUCAUUACUCCGUUGAAUAUGCCCUCGGGAGCUCCUCUUGAGACAAUAAUCCAGGCGAUUGAGCUAGAUGGCGAGGCUCUGACUGAAAGUCCACCAAUCUCGCUAAUGUCGACUACGCUGCUUCCUCCGAUCAGUGGACGAGAUAUUCUUGCGGUUGGGAAGAACUAUGUCGAGCACGCUAGAGAGUUUCAUGAUAGUGGCUAUGACUCAAGCGACAAGACAGCUCAUCCGUCUCAUCCGGUCAUAUUUACGAAACGAAGCACAAGUAUUAUCUCUUCUGGCUCCGAUAUCGAACUUGACCCAGAAUUCACAGAAACACUUGACUACGAAGGUGAGAUCGGUGUUAUUAUCGGUAAGUCUGGUCGACACAUCAGUGAAAAGGACGCUAUGUCCUAUGUUUGGGGUUACACAAUCAUCAACGAUGUUACGGCCCGCGAAGAACAACGAGAUCACAAGCAAUUUUUCUUAGGUAAAUCUGGGGACACAUACUGUCCUAUGGGACCUAUUGCGGUUCCUGCCUCUCAUCUCCCCGAUGAAGUACGUAUCCAAACGUACGUGAAUGGUGAGAAGAGACAGGAUGCCACAAUGGAUGGGCUCAUUUUCUCAGUCGCACGCUUGAUCGCGACUAUAUCCAAGGGACAAACGAUUCGGUUGGGAGAUGUCCUCGCCACAGGUACGCCAGCAGGCGUUGGAUUUGGUCAAACUCCGCCUACAUAUCUUAAGCCGGGUGACGUGAUUGAGAUUACCGCUUCAGGACUGGGCACAUUGAGGAAUCAAGUGGCUGUCAGGAAUCCUGCAACAAAGUCAUGGCGCACACGAGAUCUAUGCUCCGUGCUGCCGACGUUCAAUAUCAAUCGGACUCCGGGGACGUCCGGGUUGACCAAGAUUGGUUCCAAACUUCUCAACGUCGAAGUUUCCGGUGAUGGGUUGACGCAAUUGAUAUUUGUGCAUGGUCUUGGUGGCUCGACUGAAUUCUUCGAACCUCUGAUGAAAUCUUCUCGUGCCUGCCAGACCGCAAGAUGUAUACGCUACGAUAUUGAAGGUCAUGGCCUAUCCCCUACGACCGCUCGGUCAGUCAUAACUAUUCAGAGUUAUGCAAAUGAUCUGGCAGCACUUUUUCGCUGUUUCAAGAACGAACCUUCAGUGCUGGUAGCCCACUCCAUGGGGACCUUAACCGCAACGUUAUUUGCAAGUCAAUACCCGAGCCUAGUUCAAAAGAUGAUCUUGAUAGGCCCUGCACGGUACCCUAUUCCUCCUGCAGCCGCAGGAGGUCAAAGAAGGCGAGCUGCCACAGUGCGAGCUGAAGGUAUGCGAGCUUGUACUGAACAAGUGGCAAGUAAUGGGACCUCCCAAAGAACCAAAACUACGAAUCUUUCGGCAUAUAGCGCCGUCAGAGCAAUUUUGAUGGGCCAAGAUCCAGAAGGUUAUGCGAAGGCUUGUACGGCGUUGGGAAGUGCGUCGGACCUGGAGCUUGACUUGCGCAAGCUCACUAUGCCUACAUUAAUUGUUGCCGGUGACGAAGACAAAGUCAGUCCAGUGGGGGCCUGUCAAAGUCUUUGUGAAGAGUUGCCAAACGCGAGGGUUGAAGUUAUAUCGAACGUAGGACACUGGAGCGUGAUUGAAGACCCCUUAGCCAUGGGAAAUGUAAUAGAUAGUUUUUUGGAGGGCUCAACGUAG